AUGUAUGUCACUGCAAAAGGCAUAAAACGUGUUCUUAAAACGGCUGUUCCUCGUGUAGCGAUUGAACCGGACAAUGGCGAUGAUACUGAAAUGGAGUCAAAAGAAAUGGAUCGUGGCUGUACAGGGACACCACCCCCGAUAAUCAUGGCCUUGCCGGUGCAAUUAUCGCCACAUGAAACUUUAAGAGUUCCAUCUUAUGAACACGUUCUACUACAUACAACUGAUUCUGGAUAUAUUCAGAUGUGUGAUGAUGAAUAUUUACCGCCUUCUUUAACUGAGGCCUUAGCGGUAGAUUCUAGUAGCGAAAUAGAUGAAUCGGAAGACUAUGAUGCAAUCGAUCUACGUCAGAUUUUAGAGGAAGAAGUAGUGGCAGAAGAUGUUGAAUUACUCCAAGGACAUGAAAGGGUGCCAGAAAAUGUGAUAACUUGGUGCGAAAAUUUUGACGAAUUCACUGGCGUUGAAGAGUGUUAUCAUGAGCAAUCUGGCCCCACUAUUCAGGAAACUUCUUUCAACUUUAAAAUAUAUUCAAGGCUAUUUGGGAUCGGGAUGGAAAUGAUAGUAGAUCAGACUAAUAAAUAUACUUGGCAAAUUAUAGCUCGUGCAAGUGAAGACGGCAUCAGUAAUGGGUCGCGUCUAAACGAUUGGGAUGAGACUACGGUGGAAGAGUUAUAUCAUUUUUUCUCUAUCUUAAUUUACAUGUCACUAUGUAAAAGAGGUAGGCUCGAUGAAUAUUGGACUACAGGAGUACUGGGCUUAGCACGUUUUUUAAAGAAUAGACGCACAGACGUUGUAGGGACACUCAAUCGCAACAGAUUAGAAACCCCGUCUAAUAUUAAAAAUUUAAACGAACGUCAAAUGCAAAGUGGAGACAUUGUUGCUGCACACUGCGGCAAUGUUUCAGUUGUAGCCUGGAAAGAUGUAAAAUUGAUGAUCACUGAUUUUGUCACUGGAAGGAGGCCUAUUUCCAUGCAAAGAUCGCAAGCUAUGGAUAAGCAAGUGGUGAAGUGGAUUUCGAAAGGUCACCAUUCUUUGCGUAUGGUUGAUGAACCAGAGCUUAAAAAAUUAUUCGAAAUGUCGUCGUUUUGUGAGUUACCCGCCAACAAAAGGCAAAGAAUAACACACCUGGACACAGAGGUUAUUCCUAAAUUCGAUCCAGCGAAGAAAAAUGUAAACGUGAAGGGAUGGCUUCACAAGAUCGAUCAACUGGGCGACAUAUAUAACUGGGAAGAAAGGGACAGGGUCUUCGUGAUGCAAACUCGUCUACGCGGCGCAGCGCGCGACUGGUACGACGAUCUGGAGGAUUACAGCGCCACGUAG